UUACACAUUUUCGUUUUUGACGGGAACGCGGAACCAGCGAUCGAGGUUGAGGAAGGUAAACUUGACGUCCGAUGAGGAGGACGACGAGCUUGUCGGAGUUCUCGUCAUUUCUUCGGCCGUCGAGCCGCCCGACUUGGUCGGAUGAGAAUCACUCGGAAAAGAUUCGACCGGCCCCGAAACGGAAAGACGUCAAACAGAGGCACUCGACUGAUCUAUCAUCGGUGAAUGCGGCCCAUUUCGUCGAUGCCGACCCCUUCCUCAAUGCUUGCGGCUUCUGCAAGCGCAGCAUUGGCGCCGGCAUUGAUACAUUCAUGUAUAGGGAAGUUGCGUUCUGCAGCAAAAGGUGCAGAGAUAAGCUGAUCUCUGAAGAUACGAGGAAGAAGAAGAAGAAGCCUUUCUUGUCAUCCAUGCAGAAAGGCAACCUUCUCCCGCCCAUUAAGGCCUCUAUAUCUUCUGCUUAGAACAACACUUCCAUAUGUCUUCUCUAUGAAAAGCCCUUGAACCAUCCCUCCUAUAGAGGCGACAAUAUCUACGGCGUCGACCUUUUGCAUGGUGAAACAAGUUACAUUCAUGGGCUCUGUAUCCUUAAUUCUUCAUGCUAAAAUUCACCUUU